UGAAAGCGUGGUCCCCUCACGGAGCUCGUCUCAUUGGAAAAAGAGCUUCAGGCAAUUUUUUAUACAAUAAACGUCGGAGUUAUUUUAUAUUAUAAUUUAUUAUAAAGCAGCCGUGAAGACGGAACGAUGCGCUUCAUUUUCUAGCGCUGCUCGUUUUUUUAAAAUAAAGCCAUGUCUUUCCACCAGGACCGGGGCGGAGUGCCUCCGGGCCAGCAGCACGGCUCCCAGCAGCAAAGCUACCGCCCCAGCAACCUGAGGCCGCCGCCGCCGCCCCCCGUCUCCCAGUACCACUACGACCCUCAGGCUCCUCCCACUCCCAGCUACCACGGAAGCAGCGGCUACCUGCCGCCGCGCUCCGACUUCAUGCGCUACCCUCCGCCGGUGCCGUCCCCGACGCCCGGUUCUCUCAGCCAGUGCCCGGUGCGGCCCCCGUUCCCCAAGCCGCCGGGCCGGCAGGGCUUCCUGGAGCCGCCCCCUCACUUCCCCCCGCCCCCCCUCCCCGGCUCCUCGGGGGGUCCCGCGUCGGGGUCCCAGGCGUCUGCUCAGAACGCCUACCACCCGUACAUGAUGCCCCCGCCGCCGCCGAUGCCGCACCCGUCCAUGCCCCCCCCCAUGGCGUCGCAGCCCGUGAGCUACCACUCCCCGUACUCCGUGAACUACCCCCACCCCCACCCUCCGUUCCCCCCGCCCACCUACAGCCCCGGCUACGCCCAGAGCGCCGCCCCGUUCAAGCCGGACCACGGCUUCAGGCAAGCGGGCCAGUACAAGUACGAGAAGCCCCCCCCGCCCACGGAGGGCAGGAGGUCUCCGGAGAGAGGCUAUCGCCACGACGACCACAAGCAGAAGGGUGGCUACGGCGGCGACAGGCACAAAAUGGAGUUCCCCGGAGAGAGGAAGGACCGCGGGAGGAGCCCUCCGGACAAGCGCGGCCGGCCGGAGGCGGGGCGGUACAGGUCCGACUACGACCGGGGGCGGAGCUCCCCCCGACUCCGGAGCCGGGACCGCAGCAGGGAGCGGUACCGCCACCGGGAGAGCCGGAGGUCGCCGUCGCCCGACCGGCACCGGAAGAGACCACGAAGCCGCUCCUCCAGCAGAGACAGGAAGCGCGGCCGCUGGGAGGACGACCGCGACCGGCGGUCGGAGAGCUCCUCGGGCCCGAGCAGCCGGGAGCGCAGCCACGCCUCCGGCAGGAGCCGCAACUCGGAGGACGCCGCCGCCGCCGACCGGGACCGGGAGAGGGAGCGCGACCGGGAGAAGGAGAAGGAGAAAGACGAGGAGAAGGAGGAAGACCAGCAGCUGAAACCCGCCUGGAUCCGCUGCACGCACGCCGAGAACAACUACUCCAACGACCCCAUGGACCAAGUGGGCGACUCCACGGUGGUGGGCACCAGCAAGCUGCGCUCGCUGUACGAGCGCUUCGAGGAGGAGCUGGGGAGGCGGCAGCAGCGGGCCAAGGCCGUCCGGCCCAUGUGGGACCCCCCCAAGACCAAGCUGGACGAGGACCCCUGUGCCCAGGCCUGCAAGACCAACGGCAGCAGCAGUGAGUCUGACGUGGAGUCUGACGGCGAGGGCAGCUCGUGCUCCAGCAGCUCCGACUCGGACGUGUUCGACGUCAUCGCCGAGAUCAAGAGGAAGAAGGCUCACCCCGACCGGCUGCACGAGGAGCUGUGGUACAACGACCCGGGCCAGAUGAACGACGGGCCCCUGUGUAAGUGCAGCUCCAAGGCCAGACGCACGGGGAUCCGCCACAGCAUCUACCCGGGGGAGGAGCCGGUGAAGCCGUGCCGUCCGAUGAACAACAACUCUGGGAAACUGUUCCACUACCGGAUCACCGUGUCCCCGCCCACCAACUUCCUGACCGAAAGGCCGACGGUGAUCGAGUACGAUGACCACGAGUACCUGUUCGAAGGCUUCUCUCUUUUCUCCCACAAGCCUCUCACUAACAUCCCGUUGUGCCGCGUGAUCCGCUUCAACAUCGAUUACACCAUCCACUUCAUCGAGGAGAUGACGCCGGAGAACUAUUGCGUCCAGGGUUUGGAGCUGUUUGCCUCGUACUUGUUCCAGGACGUCCUCGAGCUGUACGACUGGAACCUGACAGGUCCAGAGUUCUUGCCCUCCGGAUGCCAGCGGUUCCACUUCAUGCCGCGCUUCGUCCGCUUCCUCCCGGACGGGGGGAAGGAGGUGCUGUCCAUGCACCAGGUGCUGCUCUACCUGCUGCGCAGCAGCAAGCCGCUGGUGCCCGAGGAGGAGAUCGCCGACAUGCUGCAGUGGGAGGAGCUGGAGUGGCAGAAGUACGCCGAGGAGUGCAAGGGCAUGAUCGUCACCAACCCGGGCAUGAAGCCGAGCUCGGUGCGCAUCGACCAGCUGGACCGGGAGCAGUUCAACCCCGACGUCAUCACCUUCCCCAUCAUCGUGCACUUUGGGAUCCGCCCGGCUCAACUCAGCUACGCAGGAGACCCCCAGUACCAGAAGCUGUGGAAGAGCUAUGUGAAACUGCGCCACCUGCUGGCCAACAGCCCCAAGGUCAAGCAGAUGGACAAGCAGAAGCUGACGCAGAGAGAGGAAGCUCUGCAGAAGAUCCGUCAGAAGAACACGAUGCGGCGCGAGGUGACGGUGGAGCUGAGCAGCCAGGGCUUCUGGAAGACCGGCAUCAGGUCUGACGUCUGUCAGCACGCCAUGAUGCUGCCCGUCCUCACCCAUCACAUCCGCUACCACCAGUGUCUGAUGCACCUGGACAAGCUCAUCGGCUACGUCUUCAAGGAGCGCUGCCUCCUGCAGCUGGCCAUGACUCACCCCAGCCACCACCUCAACUUCGGCAUGAACCCCGACCACGCCCGCAACUCGCUCUCCAACUGCGGCAUCCGGCAGCCCAAGUACGGCGACCGGAAGGUCCACCACAUGUACAUGAGGAAGAAGGGCAUCAACACGUUGAUCAACAUCAUGUCUCGCCUGGGCCAGGACGACCCCUCCCCCUCCAGGAUCAAUCACAACGAGCGGCUGGAGUUCCUGGGCGACGCCGUCGUUGAGUUCCUCACCAGCGUGCACCUGUACUACCUGUUCCCCGGCCUGGAGGAGGGCGGCCUCGCCACCUACAGAACGGCCAUCGUGCAGAACCAGCACCUGGCCAUGCUCGCCAAGAAGCUGGAGUUGGACCGCUUCAUGCUCUACGCUCACGGGCCGGAUCUGUGCCGGGAGUCGGACCUGCGGCACGCCAUGGCCAACUGCUUCGAGGCUCUCAUUGGCGCCGUGUAUCUGGAGGGGGGCCUCACGGAGUCCCGGCAGCUCUUCGGACGCCUGCUCUUCAAAACCGAGGGCUUACAGGAGGUCUGGCUCAACUACCCCCCCCACCCCCUGCAGGUCCAGGAGCCCCAGACGGACCGGCAGCUCAUCGAGACGUCUCCGGUCCUCCAGAAGCUGACGGGCUUCGAGGACUCCAUCGGGACGCUCUUCACACACGUGCGCCUCCUGGCGCGGGCCUUCACCCUGAGGACCGUGGGCUUCAACCACCUCACGCUGGGCCACAACCAGAGGAUGGAGUUCCUGGGCGACUCCAUCAUGCAGCUGGUGGCCACGGAGUACCUCUUCAUCCACUUCCCCGACCACCACGAGGGACACCUCACGCUCCUGCGCAGCUCGCUGGUGAACAACCGCACGCAGGCCAAGGUGGCGGAGGAGCUGGGCAUGCAGGACUUCGCCAUCACCAACGACAAAACCAAGAGGCCCGUCGCCCUGCGCACCAAGACGCUGGCCGACCUGCUGGAGUCUUUCAUCGCCGCCCUCUACAUCGACAAGGACCUGGAGUACGUGCACACCUUCAUGAACGUCUGCUUCUUCCCCCGGCUGAAGGAGUUCAUCCUGAACCAGGACUGGAACGACCCAAAGUCUCAGCUGCAGCAGUGCUGCCUGACCCUGAGGACGGAGGGCAAGGAGCCCGACAUCCCCCUGUACAAGACCCUGCAGACCGUGGGGCCGUCUCACGCCCGCACCUACACCGUGGCCGUGUACUUCAAGGGGGAGCGCAUCGGCUGUGGCAAGGGGCCCAGCAUCCAACAGGCGGAAAUGGGAGCCGCGAUGGACGCGCUCGAGAAAUAUAACUUCCCGCAGAUGGCUCAUCAGAAGCGCUUCAUCGAGCGUAAAUACCGACAGGAGCUGAAGGAGAUGAGGCGGGAGCGCGAGCGCCAGGAGAAGGAGACCGACGGGCCGGCAGGAAGCGACAGCCGGCCAAUCGAGAGCCGCGACUCCCACGUCCACUAGCCCCGCCCCCUCCGACCGCGGUCCAACGGGUUCGGGGCCGCUCGGCGGCGGCGGCGCGCGUCGUGUUCAUCGUCGUCGACUUUUUAAAUCCCCAAAAGCUCCGCAGGAGUUCACACACGGCAAAAUAAAUAAAGACGUGGUUUUAAAAUGAAAAGUACGAAAUGAUCAUAAAUAAAACCAUCUGAUAUAAAACUGUAAAUAAAGUUUCACAUCAUUAACUGGA